AUGCCUCAAGACUUUUGGCGUGACUUAGGAAGUUGAAGCCUUUCGUAGCCGGGGCAGGUAGCUGGCGGAGUGAUGGCGGCUUUCAGAGUGCCGGCUUCCUUUUGGCUUUGCCGAGCGGCAUCUCGGGGCACGGGACUUCUAAGGGUCAGACCCCGGCUCCCGUUUUCGCCCUCGCCGGGGGCUUGCGGGACAGCACCGUCUUGUCGUCGGGUGGGCUCCGAGGCUAGCUCAUGUUGCUCGGAUACAAAGAAGCCAGAAUUCACAGAUGAGGAAGUUCAAAAUAUACUCACCAAAAUGACUGGUUUGGAUUUACAGAAGGUUUUUAAAGCAGCUAAACAACCACUCAAGCCACCAACAUAUAAGCUAAUGACAGAAGCACAACUGGAAGAGGCCACAAGACAUGCUAUCGAGGCAGCUAAAGAACGGUUAAAAAUGCCUCCUGUGCUGAAAGAACGACAGCCUAUAAAUGACGUAUUAGCAGAUGAUAAAAUCCUUGAAGGAACUGAAACUUCUAAAUAUGUGUUUACUGAUUUAACAUAUAGCAUUCCACAUCGUGAGCGUUUCAUUGUUGUAAGGGAACCAAGUGGUGUUCUACGCAAAGCUUCCUGGGAAGAACGAGACAGAAUGAUACAAAUCUUUUUUCCAAAAGAAGGUCGUAAGGUUUUUCCACCACUAAUGUUCCAGGAAGAAAAUCUCCAGACUUUGUUCAGUCAGGAUCGUCAUGAAGAUGUGCUCAAUCUUUGUGUUGCACAGUUUGAGCCAGAUUCAGCUGAUUAUAUUAAAGUUCAUCACCAGACAUAUGAAAACAUAGAAAAGCACAGUAAAUAUGACGUUUUGCGUUCAACAAGACACUUUGGGGGAAUGGUGUGGUAUCUGGUAAAUAAGAAGAAGAUUGAUGGUUUGCUGAUUGACCAGAUUCAGAAAGAUUUAAUGGAUGAUGCAACAAGUUUGGUCGUUCUGUAUCACAUGCUCCAUCCAAAUGGACACUCAGCCAAGCAAGCUAAAGAACAAGGGGCUGAGGGAUUGGACUUAAUUAAGGUCUUUGCCAAAACAGAAGCACAAAAGGGAGGAUACAUAGAGUUGACUUUACAGGCUUACCAAGAGGCAUUAAGUAGUCAUUCUGCAGCUUCCUGAAGAAAGUACUUAAAUAAAUUUUCUUUUUAUUAAA